AUGAGCCCGGAGAAGCAUCACGAGGAAGAGGACGAAGUUGACUGCGUUCUCCUUUCAGCGUCCAAGAUCCUAAAUUCCUCUGACGGGGUAAAGGAAAGUGGUGGGAGUGAAACAGAAUAUGGCUGCAUAUCAGAAUCAGAACAUCAAAUCCAACCACAAUCAGCACUGAAAGCCCUUCAGCAUCAACUGGAAUCAUUUCAGGCUCUCCGAAUACAGACUUUGCAGAAUGUUAGCAUGGUACAGUCUGAAAUCAGUGAAAUCUUGAACAAAAGUAUUAUUGAAGUAGAAAACCCACAAUAUAGCUCAGAAAAAAAUCUAGUAUUUGGCACACGCAUUGAAAAAGCUUUGCCUAUAGAGAAUCAAAAAGAAAUCCUUUCUAUGGAGAAAAUUCAUCAUUUUGAGGAGUCCAACACUAUUCAUUCAACAGAAGAAAAAUUCAGCAGUGAUAUUGUUAACAGUCUCUGUCAAGGUAUAGAUACUCCAUCCCAGAUACAUUUCAAGGACCUAUUAACUCAGAGAACUUCAACAGAUAAUUCAGCUUCAAACAUAAUUAUGAACCCUUCAGAAAAUUCUGACAUGGUGAAGAAUUAUAAUAACCUUUAUAGUUUUCUACCUCACGCACCUCAAAAUACGAUGCCUCAAGCUGAUACAGUAAUUCUGGAUAAAUCCAAAAUUACCGAGCCUUUCCUCAAGCAUGGAUUCUGUGAAAAUUUAGAUGAUAUCUGUCGUUCUAUCAAACAAAUGAAGGAAGAACUACAAAAGUCACAUGAUAGAGAACUGGCACUUACAAAUGAACUUCAAACUUUAAAAACUGACACAAAUGUUCCAAGAAAUGGUAAAUAUGACCUGUCCGCCAGUCACAAGGAAAAAAUUAACUUUAUUAAGGAAGAAAAUAUAGAAAGUAACUUAAAUGAAGAUAUAAAAUCAAAGAGAAUUGCAGAAUUAGAAGCAUUAGUAAACAAAUUACUACCAUUCAGGGAAACAGUGUCAAAAUUCCAUGUGAAUUUUUGCAGGAAAUGUAAAAGGUUAUCCAAGAGUGAAAUGCACAGGGGAAAGAGAAAUGAGAAAAACAGUAAGGAAAUUCCUUUCACUGGCAAGAAUAUUACAGAUUUAAAAUUCCAUUCCAGAGUUCCAAGACAUACACUGUCAUUCUUUGACCCAACAAAAUAUGAAAUGAAAGACAAAGAAACACAACCACUAAUAUCAAAACAAGGACCAAUAAUGUUUGAAAAUGAGAAAACAUCCAAAGUCAAUUCUGUUACUGAGCAGUGUGUUGCAAAAAUUCAGUACUUACAGAAUUACCUAAAAGAAUCUAUGCAGAUACAGAAAAGAGUAACAGAACUGGAGAAUAAAAAUCUAACCCUUAAGACCAAAAUAAAACCUCUUGUGUUUACUACACAGUCUCUGAUACAGAAAAUUGAAACAUAUGAAAAGCAACUUAAGAAUCUGGUUGAAGAAAAGAAUGCUAUUCAGUCCAAGUUAAUUAAAACAGAAGAAGAUGGUAAAGAAUGUCUUAAAGAAUUGAAAAAAAUAAUUAGUAAAUAUAAUGUUCUUGUAGGACAAAAUAAAACUCUAGAGGAAAAAAAUAGUCAACUUUCUUUGGAGAAGCAACAAAUGAUAGAAACAUUAGAUCAACUAAAAAGUAAGGAACACAAAACUCAAAAUGAUAUGGCCAUAGUCAAUAAUGAAAAUAAUCGAAUGAGUAUAGAAAUGGAAUCAAUGAAAACAAAUAUUCUAUUGAUACGAGAUGAAAAGGAAAUGCUAGAGAAAAAAACAUACCAGCUUCUAAAGGAAAGAAGCUCAGUUGAAAAUGAACUGAAGGAAAACCAACUAGAGAUAAGGCAGCUAAAAGAGAAAGAAAGGUUGGCAAAAACUGAACAAGAGACACUUCUUCAAAUAAUAGAAACAGUUAAAAGUGAAAAACUUAAUCUUGAAACAACAUUACAAGAAUCCAUUGCUGCUAGACAAAUGAUGGAAAGAGAAAUUGAGAAUAUUCAAACAUACCAAUCCACUGCAGAGGAGAAUUUUCUGAAAGAAAUAAAAAAUGCAAAAUCAGAAGCAAGUAUUUAUAAGAAUAGUUUGUCAGAAAUGGGCACUGAAUGUGAAAUGUUAUCAAAAAUGGUAAUGGAAAUUAAAACAGAUAAUCAGAUUCUAAAAGAGGAACUAAAAAAACAUAGUAAAGAAAAUAUAAAAUUUGAAAACAGCAUCAGUAGACUUGCAGAAGAUAAAAUACUUUUAGAAAACUAUGUAAGAAGUAUAGAAAAUGAAAGGGAUACCUUAGAAUUUGAGAUGCGGAAUCUUCAAAGAGAUUAUUUAAAUCUAAGUGAAAAAGUCUGCAGUCCACAGAGUGACCUAUCAAAAAAGGGUUAUGUUUCAAGAAGAGAGAAAUUCCAUUUUGACAACUGUGAUACUUAUGAAGACACCUCUGGUCCUAGGAGUAGGGCUUUGGCUCCUGAUUUGAAAGGUAUGUAA